UCGUCAUACUGACGUCAGACAGAGCGACGGACUGUUGUUGCUUAACUCAAAUCGUAAUCUGUAAUUUAAGGCUUUACUUUACCUUAAGGAUAACUGGUUGCAUUUGGAUUUGUUUGCAAAGUAUUUCUUGAUUGACUAGUUUUUUUUUGCUAACGUGUUUAAAUAACACAACAAGACUUGUGAGAAACUGGGACUGCCUUCACAACAUCAUGUUAAACAUUCCGACCCAGUCCUUCCCCUCUUCAAGCUCCCAGCAGAGGGUCUCUUCAUCCGCCCAGUCUGGGAGGAACAAGGUGGCGUUGAAGCCUGGACACAGUCUGAUGGACUGGAUCCGGUUUGCUAAAAGUGCCAAAGAUCUGACGGGACUCAGAGGGCGCCUGAUUGAAGUGACCCAAGAACAGCUUCAGAAACACAACACAAGAGAGGACUGCUGGACCUGUAUACAAGGUCUGGUUUACAACGUGACCCCAUACAUGGACUACCACCCAGGUGGAGAAGAGGAGCUGAUGAAGGCAGCAGGGAUAGACGGCACAGAGCUCUUUAAUCAGGUCCAUCGCUGGGUCAACUAUGAGUCUAUGUUAAAAGAAUGCCUUGUGGGCAGAAUGGCUACAAAGGCUGCACCAGCUGUUAAAGUUGCCACCCCCACUCCACCUCCAACGGGCCUCGCACCCCCUGCUGCUGUGGCUGCCCUAAAGAACGACUCUCAGCCUCGGUACGACUGGUUCCAAACAGACACAACUGUCCAUCUCAUUGUUUAUGCCAAAAGAAAGAUUCCUAGCUCAGGCUGUAUGACUGUUGACCUCCAGGCAGGUGUUCUUCGAGUAGAAGUGCUUCUUGGGAAAAUGUCCUACAUGGUACAUUUAUGUCUUACUGAUGAAGUUAAGGAAACCGUUGCUGUGCACACUGCUUCCUCUGUUGGAAAGAUUCAGGUCACCAUGCACAAACAGAAUAAAGAAAAAUGGAAAAGUCUUGGUCAGCCUCUGGAGUUCCACAAUACGUUUAUAUGCAAAAAGGACAGAGCUCUCUAUUAUCGGGAUUGUACCCUAGUAUCUAAAGCUGAUGUGAAUCAUAACACUCAACUUUUUAGACUGCAAUGUCCAAGAGGGACUGUCAUUCAUGUGCCUGUUGGACAACAUGUCUACCUCAAAGCUCUCAUUCAAGAUACAGAGGUAGUGAGGCCAUACACUCCAGUGGAUCAGACUUUGGCAGCAGCUUCCCAUCAAUCUUCUCAGGAGUCAGACCUCUACCUCAUGGUCAAAGUUUACCCUGAUGGCGUCUUCACCCCGUACCUCAACAACCUGCAAAUUGGUGGUCAUAUAUCUGUGAGUGGUCCGGAGGGUACUUUCAGUCUCCGACGUCUUCGUGACAUCACAAACCUCUACUUGUUAGCUGCAGGCACAGGCUUUACUCCCAUGGCUCGCCUCAUCCGCCUCGCCCUUCAGGAAGUCGACACCAUCAGGCAAAUAAAGCUGCUCUUUUUUAACCAAAGGAAGGAGGACAUUCUGUGGCACAAUCAGUUGGAUGAACUGGCAACUCAAGACAAACGGUUUCAGGUGGAAUACAUCCUCUCUGAGCUGUCUGACAGCUGGACGGGUAGGACAGGUCGGGUGAAUAAGACCAUGCUGAACGAGCUCCUCAUCAGACCAGAUGAGGCCAGAUGUUAUGUUUGCGUGUGUGGCCCUUCAGCCUUCACAGAGCUAACAAUAGGACUGUUGAAGCAGCUGGACUUUAGUGAAGAUGAGCUCCACACCUUCCAGGGAUGAAGAGUUCAGCCCACCUCCCUGAAAAACCUAAAUGAAGGAGAAAAUGUGUUUUCUAUAAAUAUUUUUUUGAAUCUAUGAUGUGGGGCAUGAAAAAACAUAUCUAUGCACUGAGGACACGAUACUGAAUGCAUCUUCAUCAGGCAGUUCUGAUUUAAAAAUUCAUGGUGCAAAUGGAUCCUGUAAAACUACUACGGAUGAGCAGCAGAAGAUGAAGCUUUCCUCUGAAAAUCACUCAAGUUUUAUUAAAUAACUGCACUUGGAAUUACA